AUGAUGCAACGCGCCGACGAUUCGCGGCGGAGCGCGCCAGACCAAGCUCUGCAAGUUGAAGGUGAGGAUCGGGAAGAGGCUGAAAAAGCUGAGGAAGGGCGUGGUUUUGAGCAUGUCGGCGACGAGGUUGAGGAUUUACCGGAUGAUUAG